AGUAGAUGUAGUUGUGAAACUGCGAGGAAAAUAUUUGCACUCUUGCCCCGGACGUUAGUUUUAUCAUUAUUUACCCGUUUUACCCAAUUCGAUUGGGUAAUAUUUGCAUAUGCAAUCUGAGUAGCCUUUCAAUCGGCGUGCACUUUUGUGUGAGGAAAAAUUUGCGCUAGUGUUCGUGUGUUGAAAUGUCACUUAUCUCUAUAGACAGCGACCCGAAAAAAAGCAACCUCGAACUCUGCUGAGGAGGUUUUCGCUGCUACAGUGUCGUCGUUGUGGCCGCUCGGAGUGAUGUUCGAUUAAUUUAGUAGAGUUAUAUAACAGCGCGGGCAUCAGCAGAAGGUAUCAGCAGUGUUCAGAUUUGUCCCCAUACGCACAAAGUUCACUUCCGAUUUGUGUUAUACAUUUGAGAGAAUAUUGAACAUGGAGUCCCUGGCCGUGGCACUGCAGCCGUACAAGGACACCGUCGGACUGUCGGCGGCCGUCAUAACGGUGUUGCAGUUCUUCAGCGGUGUGUUCGUGGUGAACGAUAUCCGGCGGAAGGGUAGCUCGGAAGGAUUUUCCGCUGGACCGUUCCUCGGUGGUGCGGUGUUCAGCUUGCUCAACGUCCAGUUCGGGCAGAUGCUGCAGGACGAUGCCAUGAUCAAGGUCAAUCUGAUUGGAUUGGGCCUGAAUGUGGUGUACGUGUGUGCCUUCUAUUGGUACACGCUGGGACCGGCCAAGAACAAGGUGUGGGGACAAAUCGGUCUGGCCGGAGCGAUUGCCGCCGGGCUGUUGGCGUACGUGCAGUACGAAGACCCCAAGGUGGUCGAGUUUCGCUUCGGAAUGAUACUGACCGUUAUACUGCUGAUACUGGUUGGGAUGCCGCUGCUGGGAUUGGGAAAAAUUUUGAAGAACAAAAGCACCGAAGGACUACCAUUCCCGAUCAUACUAUCCGGUAGUUUCGUUUCGCUCGCUUGGUUAUUGUACGGAGUCAUCUUAAGAAGUAACUUCCUUGUGGCACAAAAUGUGAUCGCUCUGGCGUUGGGUUUGGUUCAGCUGUCGCUGUUUGUGAUCUUUCCGAGCAAACCGUCAUCGUCCACCAAAAAGGCGACCAAAUCCGACAAGAAGACAAACUAAGACUAACACAAAUCUGUGGCAAACGUUUCCCAGAUAUUUUUUUUUAUCUAUUCCUAAUACUACUUAUGCAACUACAUAAUUGACAAUAAUGGUUUGUUGGGUGGGAUGAGCUUUUAGAUCUUGACGAAAGUGUUUGCGUGAUAAAGUUCCAAUCAUAUAUUAGCUUGUUUUCGAAAUUGUGUAGUAUAGUGUUCUUCAUAUUGGACUCGUCAAUGAAAUUGAUUCCAUAUUUUUAUACAGUUAUGAUAAGAAAUUCGAAAUUUUACAAUAGUUAGAUGUUGGAAACGAUUUUAGGAUGUUGUGCAAUGUUGUUAAGGUAAAGGAUUUAUCCAAUAUAAACUAAUACCUGUUUCAGUAAGUCGGACAAUAAAAUAAAAUAAAACGUUUUACACAGAAAAUAUUCACGAUAUUCCAUAUUGAAAAUACAGAUAAACUAUAUUUUUAGUCAAGUAAUGAUAUAGUAUAGGAUACACUUACUAUGAAGAAUUAAAUCCUGACCGUGCUGCUAUACAAUAGUUUUCACUGUAGAACGAUGCUCAAAUAAAAAUUAAGGAAAUAGAAUGUUCUAAAGGCUACUUUAACAUAAAUAAACAAUCCUUAACAGUGA